CAUGAUGGGUAUUGCUAAGGUACAUAAACUGUCAUGGCGGAAAGUAAGACAAGUUUGAACUUUACAAGCUUCUUUCCCGGCAAUGACCAGCUGAAAACUUUAUAGGUUAUGUUAAGCUGAAGAAUGGCUGCUGACAUACGUGGAGAAUCUAGGGGAAGCUAUCAUAGCCAGUCCCAGUACUCGGAGUCCACUGUCAUCAACCAAGACAUUGCAGACCCUGACUUGUUUCAAGCAGAAAUCUUUCCCACAAAAACAGAGAAAGCAUCCCCACAGAAAAAUGUUAGUUUUGCUCCAGAUUCACAUCUGGAGAGAGCUCAAAGCAUUGAGCAGCUUGCAAGUCAACCCCUGAAAAUUCCCAAUGGAAAUGGAAGGAGUGCAGCGAGCCACUUGCUGGCCCGGUUGGUAGAUCGAUCAGAGAAUUCACAAGCAUUAAGAGUGGCCAGAGGUCAGCCAAGAGUAGCUCCUUCUGUUGUUCCUCCUAUUAACAAGAAACAAACAGCAUUGCCAGGACCAUUUUCACCAAGCCCUCCUCCUCCCAAAACAAAUGGAGUCCCCGUCCCACCAAACUACUUCCGAACAACAUUGUUCAAGAAGGAUUAUGAAAGAAGACAACAACAAAAGAAAGACACAACUAAAGAAGAGUCCUUUCUUACUGUGGAUAAGAUAUACAAGCCACUACCCCCCUCUCCUGCCCCCUCCAUGACAAUGGACGAGAUUCCCCCAGAGGAAGCUGAGGAAUUGGAGGUGAUGGCUGAACUACAGGAACUGAUGGGUCCAGGAACCGAGGCCAGCACUGUCGCCCGAUCAGAUAGUGUUGGACAAUUGGAAGACGUGGAAACCCCAAUCAGUAGAGAGGAAGCAAAUAGUUCGGCUGGAGAUAAACCGAUUAACUUUGCUAAAAGUCGUAGCACUGAGUCCAAACCAGGCACAUCCUUCACCAAUUUCUCUGUUCCCACACCGACCAAAGAAGAGCAAGAAGAGGAUGCCAAAAUACAAUCCAUGAUGGAGAAAUACCCCGAGACUAUCCCAAUUAUUGAUGAAGUCAAAGAGGAAAAGACUUCUACUGACUUGAAGGUCAAGGCCAAAACCAGCCAGCCAAUAAAAACCGAUUCUCAUGCCAGGCAGCAGUCAGGAAGGAAGAAAGAUAUGACUCAUGUUUUGUCUUACCUGAAGAAAAACAAAUAUGAUGACACAGUCCCUGAAAACGACAACAUAAUGGAUAACGUUAUAAAACUCAGAGAGAGGCUAGGAUGGAAAACAGAAAUCCCUCGUCAUGCUAUGGGGUGUAAAGAUGCCAUGGAAAAGCUAAAAAAUUUACCUGACAAUGAGAAGGAGAGAGCUAAAAUGAAGGAAGAUGAUGGUGAAUUUUUGUACUGCCUUCCUCGCCAAAGGAAGAACCCAAGAGCCAGAUAUGACCCAUUUGAUCUCCAAGUUGUCUCCCCUAACGAGGCGCAAAAGUCGGAUCAAUAUUACACCAUAUCUGCUUCAUUUAUUACUAGGUGUAUCCAGAGUAAGUCGGAGACAUAUAACACCCCCGUCCUGUGGUGGCUGUGGGAGAGGAGACUAUUCUACAUGGUCCACAACUUCCCGGUCUUUGUCAAGUUCAGAUUGUGGAAGACAUUUAAGCAGUGGAAAAGAAAUGUCAGGCUACAGAAAAGCAGUCAAAGCAGGGCUGUUCUGUAUAAAACCCUCUUCAUGGCCAAUGAGAUUCUACAAGGCUGCCUGGUCCACGUUCGGAAGCUGUGUGAGGCGGCCUCGGGGAGUCUGACCGGCCUGGGGGAGGGGGAACAUGCCAUCUCCUUGGUGUCCCUGGACAAGAGCCGCACCCUUACUCUGGAGGAAUUCAUGUCAAUGCAAGAGCAACAAGGGGAUAAGGCCCUGAAGCAGCUUAAUGCACUGCGAGAUAAAAUCAUUAAUCUUGUGUGGGAGUCGUGUGCGACUGUUGCGGAGAUGGAAGGUAUUACUACAGGAAUCAGAGAUGAAAAUAAUCCCAAGAAAGUCAAAAUCCAAGUCCCAAAAGAGGAGGCAGUGCCUGUUGUCACUAGCAAAACCAAACUACAGGAGAAAUAUGGAUUCACGAGUAAAACUUCAACUGUUGCCAAAGUUGAGAAAACAAGGGUAAAACCAUUGUAUGCGGAGAUCUCCGAGUGGAGAAAAAUCUUGUCCCGCCUGUGUAGUUUCCUUCGUUCCGUGGACUACCUGAUUCUGGAAAUGUUGCGUCGACUCGUGUUGACCGCUGUCCGUCAACUGCUGGAUCAUCUGGUAGCAUCAUACAAUGUCACCGACGAAGACGAGGAACGGGCAUCUUCGUAUAUUCCAUCUGAAAACACUUCUGCUAGCACCUCCCCAAUUCCAGAGAAAAAACAGAUGAGUGAACAUGGAACACAUUCAGAGAGAAGUGAUAGCAUGUCCUCAGUUAGCAGACCAUUUUCAGGGCGGAGCCAGAGUCUGGGCAGCAGUAGACCUGUGAUCCCGGUCCCUCCCAAACCCAACACCCCCUAUGAGAUCCCUCACUUUGACUUUGAUCAACCAGAAAUUGUGGAGGGACCCCCUGAUGUUGAUGAGGUGUUGGAAGAAAUCAGACAGAAGGAUGUGGUAGAGGAAACCAUAGCCCCUGUGUUUAGCAUACAGCUGGUGUUAAAUGUCCCAGGAACAGAAAAAGCCACCAGAGAGGAGAGAAAGAGGCAUAGACGACACAAGUCUUCAGGCAAGAGAACAGAUUCCACCUCAACCCGGAAAACCGUUCAAUUCCAAGACCUGGAGGAAGAAUCAGGGAGUGAAUCUGAGUCUGAGGAGAGUGAUUCUGAGGACUCGGGCGAAGACUCUGAUCACAGGAGGAGGGACAGCUCCUACAGUGAAGAGUCAGAUGAUGAGGAGCGAGGACACAAUGAGGAGUAUGCUUACCCAGAGGAGCACGAUAAAAGGAAUAAAGGAGGGAAAAAGAAUUCUUAUGUGUCUUUGUCUCCUACUGAAUAUGAAUUCAAGUCUGGAAUCAGAACUAUCAUCUGUGGAUUUGAAAACACCAUUGCUCAAGUUGUGUCCAUGCUGAGGGAUCCUAAAUUGAAGGUCUUUUACUCGCCCCCUGCCAAUGACCUCAGAUUGAACCUUGACCUGGAAGAGGAGAGAGAUAGACAGGAAUACCAGCGACCUUGGCCUGACCUUGAGAAUCUGUUUGGAGAUGACCUUGAGUACCAGAAAUACCUGACAGACAUUGGAUCCUACAUGGCAAUGCAGUUAGAACAAGUCAAACAAUUCUCUCAUAACUUUGGCCAGUACUGUGAGAUGGUAGACAAGAGUAAAGCCCUGGACAUUGACGGCUCCAUGGCUUCUCAUGAAUGGUCCACAGAGGAGUUCAACCAUGUCCUACCAACCUUCACAGAAAUGGUAAGAGAAAUGAGGAAGAUGACGGUGAAGAGGCGAUGUGCGAUGAUUCUAGUCAUGAGCUCCAACUACCGAGACUCCUGUAUGCCAUAUCCUCAGGAGAUCAUCGACAAAACUCACCACAAACUGCCGAUCAUCGCUAACAAGAGAAAUGAAGAUCUGCUCACUAUCAUUAAGGGAGCUGCAAGGAAGCUGGAAGACUACCCCAAAUCUGUGGAGGAAUUUGUGGAACAUUUGUCUUUCCUUUCCAAGAUGACUUCAGAAAUCACGGCCCUGGACAAGGAGUUCCUGAUUGUAAACAAACUGUUCACCAUUGCGAAGGAUUUCUCUGUUAAGAUUGAACCAGAAGAUUUGGCUCUGUAUCAGACUUUGGGACCCAGUUUCCAGGGACUAAAGAAUGCCAUACUUGUGGGUGAGGCGAAAAAAGAUGAAAACAUCCGUAAAUUCAGCCAGGAUUUGGAUACAUUGAUCUACAAUAUCCGCACCAAGCUGAUGGAGAUCAAAAACAAGGUGCGCGACCCAGAUUUGCUGAGUACGGACAUCAUUGCGGUGGCCGCUCUGAGUAAGCUCGACUCGAUUCAGAGUGAAGUGAGCUCACUGUCCACUAAAGCCAGGAGUUACGGCAGUUACCAGGAGCGAUUUGGUAGUUCACUGUCCAACUCAAAGAAGGGCAUGUAUGGGGAGGAGUACAUGUUGAUGGACCGGUAUGACAGCCAAAGUGCCUCCGAAAUUCAGGCUGACCUGUCCGACAUUGAGCGCGACCUGACCUUGAGACAGUUGCUAUGGCAAUCUCAGGAGGAGUGGGACAAGUUGUAUGGGGAAUGGACAGCCACACCCUUUGAUUCUCUCCAGGUGGAGCAACUGCAGAAGAAUGUCAACAGAUUUACUCAAACUGUGUACAUGCUGGAAAAAGGCUUGCCAUCCAAUGAGGUCCUGCCAAUUUUGAAGGAGAAGGUGACGGAGUUUAAGCAUGGCAUGCCUGUGAUAACAUCCUUAAGGAAUCCAUCCCUGAAGGCUCGGCACUGGCAGCUGAUAGAGAGGCUGAUCCAAAAAUCCAUUGCCAGAGACAAAAACUUCACACUGGCUAACCUCUUGGAGAUGAAUAUUUUCAAGCAUAAGGAAAAGAUUCAAGAAAUCUCUACCAAGGCCAGCAAUGAAGCCACAUUGGAAAUUAUGCUGGAGAAAAUUAUCAACUUGUGGCAGAACACAGACUUCCAUCUCUCUCCCCAUCAGGGCAGAGACACAUUUAUUAUUGCUGGAGCAGAUGACAUCAUGGCUCAGUUGGAAGAGAGCCAAGUUACCAUAGGAACCAUUAAAGCCUCUAGAUACAUUGCGCCAAUCCAGACACAAGUUGACCAAUGGGAGAGCAAACUUGGGGUAUUUUCCAGGACGUUGGACGAGUGGCUCACAGUCCAACGAAUGUAUUUGUAUUUGGAACCAAUUUUCAGUGCUCCAGAUAUCCAAAGGACUUUGCCAGGUGAUGCUAAGCUGUUCACUGCCGUGGACAAAUCCUGGAAGGACAUCAUGAGGAGAGUGGAGGACCGGAGGAAUGCCCUCAAAGCCGCCACCACCACAGGUACCCUGGAAACGCUGACCUCCUGUCGACAGAACCUGGAGAAAAUACAGAAGAGCUUGGAGGAAUAUUUGGACUCUAGAAGAGUGGUCUUCCCCAGAUUCUACUUCCUCAGUAAUGAUGAACUGUUGGAGAUUUUGGGAGCCCAGUCUAAAGACCUCAAUGCUGUACAGCCACAUCUUGGCAAGUGUUUUGGAAAUAUCAAAUAUUUGGAGAUUGGACAAAAUCCUCCUACCAUUAAAACCAUGAUCUCUUCUGAAGGGGAACGGGUUGCCAUGCCAAAGAACAUACGAGCCAGGGGUUCUGUGGAGCAGUGGUUGGUCUAUGUGGAGAACGGAAUGAUAGACACUGUUAAAAAGCACCUGAAGCUUGGAUUGGCUGACUGGCUUGGAGCGGAUAACAGGGAGUGGGUCCUGAAACAUCCCGGUCAAGUGGUACUCACAGUGACCCAGAUUAUGUUCAAUAAGAACAUUGUCCAGUGUUUUGACCUGCCCAACGUGGUAAACAGCCUGAUUGAGGUGAAGGAUAAACUGGUGGACUCGCUGAAUGAUUUGGCUCGCAUGGUCUCCGGCAACAUCCUGUCUCAUCAAAGGGAGAGCAUCAUGGCACUGCUGACCAUCAAUGUACACAACAGAGACAUUCUCCUGGACAUGAUAGACCAACAGAUCCAGAAGGUGGACGACUUCAUGUGGACCAAGCAGCUAAGAUAUGAGUGGGACGAGCAGAGUAACAACUGCUUUGUGAUGCAGUCCAAUGCCAGAUUCCAGUACGGUUAUGAGUAUCUGGGCUGUUCCCCCCGCCUGGUCAUCACCCCCCUCACUGACCGCUGCUACCUCACCCUGACAGGUGCUCUACACCUGCAUCUAGGUGGGUCUCCUGCGGGGCCUGCAGGAACAGGGAAAACUGAAACUAUCAAAGAUCUGGCCAAGGGAGUUGGAAAGCAGUGUGUGGUGUUUAACUGUUCUGAGGGGCUGGAGUACCACACCCUAGGGAAGUUCUUCUCCGGUUUGGCUCAAUCUGGAAGCUGGUGCUGCUUUGAUGAGUUCAACCGGAUUGACCUGGAGGUCCUGUCUGUGGUUGCCCAACAGAUCCUGAUGAUCAAACAGGCCAAAGACCGCGAGGACCUUAGGUUUAUGUUUGAGGGCAAAGACAUCAAACUCAAUCCAACCUGUGGAUAUUUCAUCACAAUGAACCCCACAUAUGCCGGUAGAGUCGACUUGCCAGACAACUUGAAGUCCCUCUUCCGUCCAGUGGCCAUGAUGGUGCCUCACUAUGACCAGAUUGCAGAGAUCAUGUUGUUCUCUGAGGGCUUCAUCGCAGCCAAGUCCCUGUCCAGGAAAAUCGUGAACCUGUAUCAGCUGGCCAGCAGACAACUGUCUCAACAGGACCACUACGACUUUGGGAUGAGAGCCAUCAAGUCUGUUCUAGUGAUGGCAGGGCAUCGGCGAUACAAGGAACAGCACAAGGGUGACCACAGCAGAAACCUGACAGAGAAUGUUGAGUCCUUCAUCCUGAUCCAUUCUCUGAGGGACGCCAACCUCCCCAAGUUCCUUGCUGAGGAUGUCCCACUGUUUGAGAGCAUCUUAGAUGACCUGUUUCCAGGAGUUGUCCCCCCUGAACCAGAUUAUGGAGUUUUAGAAAAAGCCAUUAACAUCGCUGUGAGAGACAACAACCUCCAGAACUGGCCUCACCAGAUAGACAAGGUCAAACAGUUCUACAACCAGAUCAUGGUCCGCCAUGGAAUCAUGUUGGUGGGGCCCACGGGAGGGGGCAAGACCACAGUCAGGACCAUUCUACAGAAGGCACUCAUACUCAUGCCCACCAUUGUACCCCAGGACGAGAAGGAGAAUGUGACCAGAAAACAGAGCCUGUUCCCAGGGAGUAGGCAGAAGAAGGGUCAUGUAGAGCUGUUCUCUGUGAACCCCAAGAGUGUUCAGUCCUCGGAACUGUUCGGUGACUUUGAUCCUUACACUAGGGACUGGACUGAUGGACUCAUUGCCUUGGCAACCAGAAAAUUCUCCAAUGAAUUACAGCAACAGCAUGGCACUCCAGAGGAGCAUGCUGGGAGACCGGUGUCCUCGGGCAACAACAUGACUAACUUAUCGGAGGCCUCUCAGUCUAUGAUGAACGAUGAGAAGGACGAAGAGGUAGAGAAGAAGGACCACAUGGACAAGAUGAUCACCAACUGGCGGUGGCUGAUUCUUGAUGGGCCGGUGGACACCAUCUGGGUGGAAAACCUGAACACGGUGCUGGACGACUCCAAGGUCUUGUGUCUGGCUAACGGGCACCGCAUCGGGCUGCCCAACGGGAUGAGGCUGGUGUUUGAGGUGGACAACCUAUCAGAGGCCAGCCCCGCUACCAUCAGUAGAUGUGCCAUGGUUUAUAUGGACCCAGUAGAUUUGGGAUGGAGACCCUAUGUGAAGACCUGGCUACAGAAACUUCCCCGGGAAAUGCCUGACAGUGGCCGUCAACAUCUCCAACAGCUGUUUGACUUUGCCAUCGAGAAAGGACUGAAGUUUAUUCGGAGGCACUCGCGCUUCCUGAUGAUGGAGGUCCCCGAGAUGUGCUACAUAAUGACUCUCUGUAACAUUCUGUCCUCAUUUCUGGACUUCUUGUCAAAGCAUGGAGGGUUUGGUGCUCCUGACAAAAUAGAGACAAAAGAGGACAGCGAGGCCAUCAGGCCCGAGAGUAGGGCCUCAAGUCGCAGUUCCUCGAGAGCCUCAAAAAACAAGGCCCUCAAGAAGAGGACCGCCAAAAAGGUACCCUCUAAAACAAAGGACGUCAGCUUCAAGGUGGAGGAAACACAGUCUGUCAAAAGCUCCAGUUUUGUUAGUUCUACCCACUCUGAUAUCACCCAAGGGGACAAGGUGUAUUAUCUUCAGAGGAACCCGGGCCAGCUGCUGAACAUGCUGGGCAAACUGUUUGUGUUCUCGUUCACCUGGAGCAUGGGCGGGAUGUUUAAGCGUCAGGAGGACGGGGACGAUGACGACAUGAUCAGGAGGGGCCAGGACAAGGGCGAGAGGGACACCAACAUCUGUAACGAGUUCGACAACUUCAUGCACGAGUUGUUUGAAGUGGAACCACCUCUUGGUGUGAGAUUGCCAACUGGAAACAAGGCUAUCUACGCCUACUUCAUUGACAUGGAGUCUGGUAACUUUGUUGCCUGGGAUGUUCUGGUCCCCAAAACCAAGUCUCUAAUAGAGAAGGGAGCGGUCAUAACCAUAGGGGAAACCAUGGGGGUCUCAGGGGGGCACAAGAAGAAGAGGGAGGAGGCCGAGAUUACUCCCACUGUGGACCUCAUUCGCUUCUCUUUCUUAUCAGGACUUCUACUGCUCCACAAGCAUCCAGUGCUUCUAACAGGUGAAUCUGGAGUCGGUAAAUCGGCCAUUAUCAACCACAUGCUGAACAGACUAGGACAAGAGGGUGGAGCAUCCACCAAGAGUGGCACGGUGCUAGGUCAGAUCCUCAGCUACUCGGACAAGUCCAAUGCUCUACUGGAGAGCAUCUCCAAACUCACUGAGAUGGACAACACUGACGAGUCCAAGAACAUCGACGUCCUGCUGGGUACAGCCAAACCCAAGAGUACGACAGGCAUCAUAAGCUCCAUGAUUCAGUUCUCGGCCCAGACAACGUCAGCCCGACUAAAGGCCCACAUCAUGCACAAGCUGAUCAAGAAGGGCAAGGACACAAUGGGGGCCCCCCGUGGGAGGAAAGUGCUGGUGUUUGUUGACGACUUGAACAUGCCAGCCCCAGAGGUGUAUGGAGCCCAGCCCCCUCUGGAGUUGUUGAGGCAGUUUUUAGAGCUGGGUGGAUUUUAUCACGCUGGGAAAACUCAUCUUGUUUGGAAGGACAUUUAUGACGUCCAUGUGGUGGCAGCCUGUGGUCCCCCGGGGGGAGGCAGGAACCCCAUCAGUCCCCGACUGCUCAAACACUUCAGUGUCUUUGCCCUUCCACAGCCAUCAACAAGAUCCCUUCAACAUAUCUACCAAGUGCAGUUAGGUCGCUUUUUCCAAGAGGGCGAGUUUGCCACUGAGGUGACUGAACUGCAGCUCCCCCUAGUGUCGGCGGCCAUUGCUGUGUACUACAGGAUGUGUGGCAGUAUGCUGCCAACACCCGCAAAAUCUCACUACACGUUCAAUCUCAGAGACUUGUCCAAGGUAAUACAAGGACUCCUACAAGCUCACGAGUCUGUGAUAGUGAGCAAGGACAAUGUGGCUCAGCUCUUUGCUCAUGAGGCCACUCGCGUGUUCCAUGAUCGUCUCAUAUGUGCUGAAGACAGAGAUACCUUCUUCCAGUUUCUUUCUGACACUCUACAUGACCACUUCAAGGUCAAAUGGAGUCAGGAGAAACUGAUGAAGGAGCAGGUACUGUUUGGAGAUUUCUUCGAACUGCAGGAAUCCAAGACCGCUCGAGUGUACCACCCCAUGUCGGACCGCAACAAGCUCUCCCAGAUACUGGAGGAGUACUACCUCCGGAUGAAUUACGGCAACACCAAGCCACAUGAAGAACCUAUUGACUAUCAGGAAGAUAGCAGCAAAAUGAUGUAUAGAACCUUGACCGCUACACAGAUGGUGUUUUUCAAAGAUGCAGUGGAACACAUCACACGGGCAGCCAGGGUGUUUAGGCAGCCCGGGGGUCACAUGUUGCUGGUUGGUAUGGAUGGGACAGGAAAGUCCACCAUUGUACAGUUGGCCAGUCACAUAGCGGGAUGUGAACUGUUCAAGCUCUCCCUCCACCGUGGCUACGGCACCACCGAGUUCAGGGAGGACCUGACCAAGGUGUUCAGGUACAGUGGCGUCAAAGGUGCAAAGAUCGUCUUCCUUCUGACAGACUCGGACAUUGUCAAGGAAUCAUUCUUGGAGGACAUAAACUGUAUCCUGAACUCUGGUGAAGUUCCAGACUUGUUUGACUCCGAGGAGAGGGAUGGAAUCCGAAUGGAUCUCAAACAGGCCGCCUCAGAGGCAGACAUUCCAGACACCCAGGAGUCCGUUUACCAGUUCUUUAUCCACCGAGUCAGACAAAACCUCCACGUGGUGCUCACCAUGAGUCCGGCUGGUGGAAAAUUCCGCCAGCGCUGCCGCAUGAACCCAGCCCUAAUAAACUGCUGUACCAUUGACUGGUACGAUGAGUGGGACGACGAUGCCAUGCUCAAUGUGGCUCAGGUCUUCUUCUCCAAUGCUGAGUUCAUCACCAGUGAAGGAUCAGAUAUUGAGGCACUGAAGACAAAGGUUGGCCAGGUGUGUGUGGAGAUCCACAAGUCGAUUGGGCGGAUGUCGGUGCGGUACUGGGAGGAGAUGAGGAGGCACUAUUACUCCACCCCAAGCAGUUACAUGGAGCUCAUCCGACUCUACUCCAAGAUGCUCAAGGAAAACAAGGCAGAGUUUGUCAACAACAAAAAUCGACUGAAUGUUGGUCUGUUUAAAUUGUCUGAGGCCAACUCACUGGUUGGAGAAAUGUCCGUGGAACUUGAGUCUCUCGGUCCAAAGAUUGAAGAGAAACAAAGAGACACAGAGAUCCUACUGGAGCAGCUGAAGAAGGAUCAGGAGGCUGUGGAGGAGGUUCAGGAGAUCGUGGAGCAGGAGGAGGGCGUGAUGCAGAGGGAGACCCAGAUUGUACAGGACUAUGCCGACGAAUGUCAGCGAGACCUGUCCUCUGUCAUCCCAACCCUGUUCAUGGCUACAGAGGCUCUAGACACCCUGGACAAGGCGGCCAUUUCUGAGAUCCGAGUGUACACCAAGCCCCCGUUCCUGGUGAUGACAGUAAUGGCUGCCGUCUGUAUCCUGCUGCAGAAGAAGCCGGAGUGGAGUGUGGCCAAGACACUGCUGGGAGACCCCAACUUCCUAAAGAGACUCAAACAGAUAGACAAGGACAGCCUACCAGACAAGGUUUUCCACAAGCUGAAAAAAUACUCGAAGAAUCCAGAUUUCAAUCCGGAUAAAGUUGGAACAGUGUCCUAUGCUUGUAAAUCCAUCUGUGCCUGGGUGUUGGCCCUGGAGCACUACAAUGAAGUCUACAAGAUGGUAAAACCAAAACAGAGGAGAGUACAAGAGGCCAAGGAGGCCCUACAGCUGGCAGAGCAGAGUCUGGCCCAGAAACAGAAGAGUCUCAAGAAGAUUCAAGACCAUCUGGACACGCUACAGCAACAGUACAAGGACAGUGUGAACCAGAGAGAGUCCCUCAAACAGCACAGGAUCACCACAGGCCUUCGCCUCAAGAGAGCCUCCAUUCUGAUUGACGCCCUGGGAGGUGAAAAGGUGAGAUGGGCAGAGUCAGUCAAUUUGUUGGAUGAGAAGUUGUCUGGACUUGUUGGGGACACCCUAAUAGCGGCAGCCUCCGUGGCGUACAUAGGUCCGUUCACCGCCACCUACCGCAAGGAGCUGGUCUCUUCCUGGAUCCAGUUGUGUGGGCAGUACACCAUUCCAAUCUCCCAAAAGUUUGAUCUAGUCAAAAGCACAGUGGAUGCAUAUCAGGUCCUGAAAUGGCAAAACAAAGGCUUGCCACAGGACAACCAUUCCACAGAAAAUGCUCUGAUUGUAAAGAGGACAAAAAGAUGGCCUCUCUUCAUUGAUCCGCAGGGACAGGCAGUGAAUUAUAUUAAAGAGAGGAAGGGGAAUCGUUUGGAGGUGGUUGAUGCCUCAGAUCCAAACUACAUGAAAGCUCUGGAGACUGCCAUCAGAGUAGGACAGCCCAUGUUACUCAAGGAUGUGUCGGAGCAGCUAGACCCUGCCCUUAGACCUGUACUGUUACAUGAAACAUUCCAAAGAGGGGGACAGACUGUCAUCAAACUGGGAGACACCGAAAUAGAGUACAACGCCAAAUUCAGGCUAUACAUGACGACUUCUGUAGCCAACCCCCACUAUCUCCCUGCUGUCUACAUCCAGGUCAACAUUAUCAACUUUACUGUCACAUUCGAUGGCCUCCAGGAACAACUCUUGUCUGCUGUUGUCAGACAGGAAAAACCAAUUCUGGAGAGUCAGCGCAGUGACCUUUUGGGAAGUAUAGCAGAUGAUGUGAAGUCACUGAGAGAUCUGGAGGAUCGAUCUCUUAGUCUUCUCCAAAACACUGAAGGUCACAUUUUGGACGACCAGGACUUGGUGGACACUCUGCAGCAGAGUAAGGGCAAGUCCUCAGAGAUCACCAACAGAGUGGCCCAGUCCGAGGAGACCGAGAAAAAACUCAACCUGGCCAGGAAACGCUACCUACCUGUAGCUACAAGGGGUGCAACCCUGUACUUUGUCCUGGCUGACCUGGCCCAGAUAGAUGUCAUGUACCAGUUCUCUCUGGACUGGUUCAAGGAUAUGUUCAUCUCCUGUAUCAGCAACCAGACGCUGACCCACGGGCAGACAGACCUCGCCCUUCUGCAGGAUGGGCAGAGGGCAGGUAGGAGGAAGUCCAGUGUGGCCCACCUAGUGGGCACCCUCAGGCCCACCAGUCGACAAGGCAGCAUUUCCUCCACCCCUAGAACCAGCAUUGCCGAGGUCCUAAAGGAAACCCCGGCUGAGAACCCCCUGGAGCUGAAGAAGCACAUGUUGGAGAUGAUAACUAGACUUACCUACAGUAUCUACCGCGUGGUGUCGGUGGCACUCUUUGCCAACCACCAGCUGACUUUCUCCUUCAUGCUGUGCUCCAGCAUAAUGAGGGCCAACGACAAGUACGAAGAUGUCACCACCAUCGGAAAGAUUACCGACUUUGACUGGAGCUUAUUCCUACAGGGAAACAUCCUGGCGAACAUGAUGGAUGAAAAAGUGCUACAAGAACACGACGGUUUGACCCCAAUGGAGAGACUUGAAUACCAGGCCAGAUCUGGGGACCCAGAUGCCCCACACAAGAAGGUACCUCCUAUCUGGGUGACAGACUCGAUGUGGAAGCAAUGCCAGCACCUGGACAGCAGCCUGCCCAGCUUUGACGGCCUGUGUAGGAGUCUGAUCACUGACCACGUCCACUGGGAACUGUUGAAACAGAUGGAGGAUCCGUUCAAAGGCAUGCAGACUAGCUACAAGGAGCUUACUGGCAAAGACCCUCAGCAUAAGUACGGCACAAUCUUUGGCUGGGAGAAGCUGUCAGGGUUCCAUCGGCUGAUCCUCAUCAAGAUCCUGCGCCCCGAUGCGUUGAUGACAGCUAUAAGGCAGUUUGUGGAGGAACACCUGGGCCACAACUUUAUAUCCACCGGUUCUUUUGAUCUGAAGGAGAUUUAUGAUGACUCCACUGCUAAAACUCCUCUCAUAUUCAUCCUCUCACCAGGUACAGACCCCCUGGCACAGUUAGUGAGGUUUGCGGAGGAGCUGAGGGGCAGUGCCUUGCACUUGGAUAUGAUCUCCCUGGGGCGAGAUCAAGGCCCCAAGGCUGAGGAGCUGAUCUCAAAGGCCCAAAUUCUAAAGGGACGCUGGGUGUUCUUACAGAACUGUCAUCUGGCAGCCUCCUUCAUGCCUCGGCUACAGGCCAUAGUAGAAAAACUAAGUCAUGCAGGAGAUGACCUUGAUCCACAGUUCCGACUCUGGCUCAGUUCCAAACCGGAUUCAAGCUUCCCAAUAUCCAUACUCCAGACUGGAAUGAAGAUGACCGUUGAGCCACCACAAGGCCUGAAAGCCAACAUGUUGCGGUCAUUUGGGAGUGGAGGGACGGGGACCAUCACGGAGAAGAAGUUUGAGUACAAGGAGGCGGGACCCGACUGGCAGAAACUCCUCUUUGGUCUUUGUCUUUUCAACAGUGUCAUCCACGAACGCAAGAAGUACGGCAGACUUGGGUGGAACGUCUUGUAUGAAUUCAACGACUCGGAUCUCUCAGUAUCUGUACGUCAGCUUCAGAAUCUACUAGAAGAACACGAUGAAAUUCCUUGGGAGGCCUUGACCUUCCUGACUGGCGAGGUCAUCUAUGGAGGUCGUGUCACAGACGAGUGGGACAUGAGGUGUCUGGGGGCCCUCCUGAAGAGGUUCCUCUGCCCUGAAGCCCUCAACCCAGACUAUUCAUACUCACCUGAUGGGCUUUAUCGACCAAUCAAAACAGACAUUCCAUUCGCUGAUGUCAUUACCUAUCUGGAGAGUUUACCGAACUACGACUCCCCGGAGUUGUUUGGAAUGACCAACAAUGCGGAGAAGGCAUGUCGAGAGAUGCAGGCCCACGAGUUGAUUGACACCAUUAUAAAUGUACAGCCGCGGCUGUCCCUGGACAUCUUGGGGACUGAGAAGAGUAAUGAUGACGUGGUACUGGAGGUGGCCAACGACAUCCUGAGGCUGCUCCCGGUCAGUAUCGAGGACUACACAGAUGUGAGGGAGUCCCAUGGGGGGCAGAUUCAGAAUAUCCCCCGCCCCUCCCUCAAAGACAUCCUGUUCAAGGAGGCCCCCGAGCUAAAGGACAAGGAGAAAGAGAGAAUUGUACAGGAAGCAAUAGAUACAGUGGUCGGUAACUCUGCCUUGAUGACGGUUCUGAGACAGGAAGUGGACCGAUUCAACCACCUGCUGGCCAUCAUCCACGAAUCUCUGAAGGCUCUCAUCCUGGCUGUCAAGGGAGAAGUCAUUAUGUCGGAAUCCUUGGAGGAGGCUUACACAGCUCUCCUCAGUCAGAAGGUCCCUCAAAACUGGAAGAAUGCAUCCUACGAGUCAUGUAAGCAGCUGGGAUCCUGGACCCAUGACCUCAUGAUGAGGGUGGAGUUCUUUGCCACGUGGGCAGGGCUGAUCUGCGGAAAUGUGGAGAAACUAAUCAAAGCUACUCUGAUGACCUCCAAACAGCAAUCCAACGCUCCCCCUCCCCCACCUCCAGACCACGAACCAGAGGACCUCAGCAAAAACCAGCCCCGGGCAUUCUGGUUGUCUGGUUUUUUCUUCCCGCAAGGGUUCUUGACAGGGGUACAACAGAAUCACGCCAGAAAGCUGGGCAUCUCAGUGGACUCGCUCGUAUUUAACUUCCAAGUCAAAACCAGGCCGAUGGACACCGAAGAGUCACUGUGUGAUCUCAAGCACAAACCCCACAUAAAGACCACUGCAUUUAAGGGUAAUCAUGCCCCGGAAAAUGGGGUGCUGGUGUUUGGUCUGUUCCUGGACGGGGCUAGCUGGGACCCCCACCACGAGUGUCUGAACGACUCCAGACCUGGGGACAGGUUCUCCAAGCUACCAGAAAUCCAUUUUGAACCUGUGCAGAUUGGAACAGCAGGAACUCCAGAAAGCUCCUCAUCUGAUGUUGCUACCACCAAUACUACUAAAACUGCUAGUGCAGAGACUUACAAGACUUACAAAUGCCCACUGUACCGAACAUCGGCUAGGGCUGGAACUCUGUCCUCUACUGGUCACUCCACAAACUUUGUGACUGCGGUCGACCUUCCGUCCAAACACCUGUCCGACUUCUGGGUCAUGAGAGGAAUCGCCAUGUUGUGUCAGUUAGACGACUGAUUACAGGAUAUAGUUCAUUGUUGAUUUUUUUAUCUUCUUUAAAAAAAACUGUAUUUAUAUAUAACUGUUGUGAUUUGUUUACAAAGUACUUAAAGAAUGCGCGUUGUGAUACAGUUGAAGUACAUUUUAUAUUGUUGUUAUUUACUGUCAUAGAGACACAUUAUUGGACAAACUGCUGAAUUUAUGACAUAUUUUUUUUUUGUUCUUUCAAGUGUUGAUGGUUAUUUUCAGGUUUCUGUGAACUUCCGUCCUAUUUUUUUUCUCAGUGUGAUACAUGUCUGUUAAUUGUACAUAUACAUGUAAUUAAUUGCCUUACAAUGUUUAUACAUAUACUUUAAACUGCUGAAUAAAUAGAAGCAUUAUAACAAACUGGAACCCCAACCAGCAUUUACAACUUGUGCAGGGUUAUUUUGUAUUUGACUUCAUUUUAAAUUAAACUGGAUGAUUUUCAUCCAGGUUUUCAUAUUUUAAAGUUUAAUAAGUACCGGUACAUUGUACUGCACUAUGGUAGUACAUGUACUUUGCUGACUGUCUUUACUGUGAUAAAUUUAUUCCGUCGUUUAUUUAAGACUUUAUAAAAAGAAAUAAAUUAUUUAAAAAUUUG